CGUUAACAUUGGUAACCGAAUGAGCCACAGGUACUGUUAGAUUGUUUAUGUGAAAUUUCACAACUCCAGUGCCACUAUAGUCCACUAAUUGACUUUGCAAUAUUACCACAGCUCAUCGCAUGUGUAGGAAUGGCUAAAAACAGAUGCCUCACCAUCGACCCUGCUGUCUGGGAGGGUUGCAACGUUCACUUGGCUUUCAACAAGGCAGCACUACAAAUGAUCAAUUGCCCUGCCGAUCAUCACUACUCGGCCAGCUUUGCAGAGGCAGGAGGGCUUCCCAAUGCUUUAGCACUGACUGCAUGUGUGUCGAAUUUCAUGCACCUAGGAUUUUCAUGAUUAACGAUACCGUCACUGGAUUAUAAGUUGUAGUUAUAGAGUUAGGAUCGAAUUUGUUAUCAUCUUGUUCCAUCUCAUCUAAAUUAUUGCUUGAUUAGUGAUAUCAAUGUUCGUGCAUGCAUUGUUCAGUAUAUGUUUGUUAUGGUGAAGAAGAUAGUUCUGUUUGAUUAACGUGGCAUUUCAGUCUUGAGUUCAAAGUUUUCCAGGUGAGACGUGGACAAUAGGGUUGUCAAAAACCACUCUUGUAGUUUUGGUAACACUGCAAUGCCUGUUCUCAUGCGCAUACCUUGUGGCGGCCCAGGGCAGUUGAGCACUCUUGAACAACAAUGCGAGUAUAUCCUCAAUGCAUACUGUGGUCACGCACAUGAACACAGUCAUCAUGCUUGAUCAUACCAACACAGGACCCUCCGCCAUCAAGCUCCUCAAUGGUCGUUGCCGCAACCAACCUGCAGAGCGCAUCUCUAAAGUUGAUUGUUAUGCGCAUUCCAUCAUGUUCAAUCCAGGGAACAACCAGGUCCGCCCUUUGUAUGUGUACACGGAUACAUGGUGUUCAUCGGGACAGUUCUUCAAUAAUGGAAGGAUGGUGCAGACUGGAGGUGAUUUUGAGGGCAACAGGAAAAUCAGGACCCUACAACCAUGCGGCGCUGGAGGUAAUUGUGACUGGGUUGAACUCGAAGAGAACCUUGUAACUGGCUGUUGGUAUUCCUCUAACCAGCUUUUGCCUUCUGGUAUUCAGCAGAUCAUUGUAGGAGGACGCAACACGCCUUCCUACGAGUUUUAUCCCAAGAGGAGAGCCGGAGAAGGCUUCUACAACUUGGGUAUGCUGGGAGGAGAUAACAAUCUUUACCCAUUUGUGUAUCUGUUGCCGAACGGAGAUCUUUUCGUUUUUGCAAACAGGAAUUCCGUGCAGUUGAACUGAAACUCGGGCAAGGUCGUGAAGGGAUAUCCUCAAAUUCUUGGAAACCCCCGUAACUAUCUUUUUGCUGGAUCUGCUGUCAUGCUUCCCUUGACAUGGCAGAUAGGUUUCGAGUUUGCACAGAUUAUGGUAUGUGGAGGUGCAGCCGCCGGUGCCUCGAAUACUGGAAAUGCGAACGCCCCAAUGUCGUUCAGUUGUGGGACAAUCGUGGCUAGCUCCAAAAACCCCGUCUAGGCUGUGCAGAAUAUGCCAAUUCGGCGUGUUAUGGGCGACAUGAUCAACUUGCCAACCUGAGAUAUUUUGAUCAUCAACGGUGCCUAAAACGGCUAUCAGGGAUGGGGAAAGGCCAACAACCCCGCCUUGAAUCCAGUGAACUACAACCCCGUGACCAAGCAGUUCCAGAUCUAUGCAAAGACCAAUAUUCUCCGCAUGUAUCAUUCCACUGCAAACUUACUGGCUGACGAAAGAGUGCUCCUAGUCAGAAGCAAAACCCACCAGUUCUACACGUACAAUAGAUAAUACCCUACUAAGCUGCGAGUUGAGGCGUUCUCUCCUCCUUACUUGGGUGCAGGAUUCAAUGGUGUAAGGCCUACCAUCCAAGGAUAUCUCAAUCGGAUCAAAUAUAAGCAGGUGUUCGUCGUGAACUUCGCUAUGGGCCAAAGAGUGGGCGUAGUGGAGGUGAACAUGAACAGCGCUCCCUACGUGACGCACUCCUUUGCGCAGGGUCAAAGGCAAAUGAAACUGAAGACGAUGUUGCCUACCAAGGCGGGCAAUGGCUGAGCAGUGCAGGUGACCGCAGUCCCCGAAAAUACCAUUGCCCCUCCCGCAUACUACCUUCUGUUUGUGGUCCAAAACGAAAUUCCCUCCAAGGGUGUGUGGAUCAAGUAGAACAAUUAACUGCGCCCUCGUGACGACUGCCACAGUCAAGUUAAACCUCGGUGUAGAACAUUGAGCUGGUGAAUAGGUCGAUCGAAGUAUUAUUUCUCUGUGUCAGUCCUUCCAGGACUUGCACUUGUUACUGGGAGUUGUACAAUCGCGAUGUAGACGUCUAGAUAGAGUUGCGAGUGUGUCGACGGUGUGGUGAGCGUCUCCUGGUGGCUUCUGGAGUGUUGAUUAUUGUUCGUUAGAUCAAUGCGAGGAUAGUGAGGAUCUUUACAAAUUGAGCACUGAUGUGGCACAUGGGGCGAUCGAAAGUCCAAGAAGAAUCGGUUAUUGUAUUCAGAGACAAUAAAGGUGGGCCGUGCGUUGUCCUGCUGCCACGGCGGUAGUUAACUGAAUAAAGCAAGACUUCACUGACGAGGUGAGAUUGAAGUCCAACACGAGGCGAGGUUGAAGGUCGUCCAUUGUGUAUGAAGUCCAUUAGUUCUAGACUAGGAAGUCUCUUAUACAGUGAGUCUAUCGAUGGACCGGGUUGAAUAAUUUAGAUACCGCAGCUGCAUGAACAAUAUGCGUGAGUGGCGGUGAUAGUCUUUUUUCCAAGGUCCCCUGGAGUCAACCAAGAAGUGGGCCUUGAAAGACUAUGAGGGCCCAAUUGGGCUAUGUAUUCUUCGCACAAUAAAUUUAUUCAGUCUCCUGUAGAA